AUGGAUUGAUCUCAGCAGCUGACAAACGUGCGGACACAGGAAUGCCACACAGCGAUGGGAAUUCACUGUACACACUUCUUAAAAAUUAUUCACCAAUUUUCCAGCUUCCAAACCAAGCACAGUCUAUAAUGCAAUAGAGAAUCGACAUACAGCUGACCUCCGUCCUGUUCCUAAGAGGAACAAACUACCGGGUGCACCAAUAAGCCGCUGGAGAUCUAUUUUGGGGACAGCGGGAAUCAAAAGCUGGGAACAAUAGCUGACCCCCGAAACGCACUAAAGCAGCUAUCCUUUCUCUGUCUAUGAAAUAACGCGGUCUGUGCAGAGCUUUGGCCCGGGGCACCCAGGAUCCUCGACUAGUCAACGGAGUUUAAUGAGGGUUUGAUUGAUUCUACGUUGACUGUAGGGAGAUCCCAUGCUGGAUAUUGGAAAUUAUAGGAGGGGAAUAAUCGCCUUGCAAUUAGUGCGACAAUAGAAUAAUAUAUAAAAAGCUAUACAGAUAGCAAGCGGUCUGGUCAGAAAGGCAAGGCGACCGAUAUGCUUUGCACUUUCUCUACCUCCGCGUUUCGACUUGGGUUGGUGUAAUUCUCCGCUCUCAACACUGCUAUCCUCCUAUCUGCCAGGUCGAUCACAGGACAUCCACAUAGGACUUGAACUAACUAUUGCUUAUAGUCUGAUUGGGGUUACCCGACUGCAACUGGAUUUGCACACCAAAUGGGAUCAGUACAUGCCCACGACGAUUAGAAUCUGUUUAUAUUGGGGUUCCAGCAGAAAUGUGACCGUUUUAUUUCAUUUGGAUUCAAUAUUGUGGAAUCUCAAAUUUCAUUUUAAAGCCAUGGUGCUGGGUGUGCGAUGGACAGCCCCUCUUCUCCUGCUCCUGCUCUCCCUGCUGGAGGGUGGGUCCUCCCAGAACUCCAGCACUCCGCGGGGCUGUGGCCUGGACCUGCCUCCCCGCUACGCUGCCCUGUGUGACUUGGAGGCUGUGUGGGGCAUCGUGCUGGAAGCGGUAGCGGGGGCAGGGGCACUGACUGCCCUGUUGCUGUCUGUCAUCCUUCUGGGCCGCCUGCCCUUUAUUACAGAGAAGGACAAGAGGAGCCCCGUCGGGCUGCUGCUGCUGCUGCUGCUGGGGGUCCUGGGCCUCUUUGGCCUGAGCUUCAGCUUCAUCAUCCAGCCCUUCGAGAAGGUGUGCAUUGCCCGUCGCGCCCUCUGGGGGGUGCUGUUUGCCCUCUGCUUCUCCUGCCUCCUGGCACAAGGCUGGCGUCUGCAGAGGCUGGUGCGCCAUGGGAAAGGCCCUGGAGGGUGGCAGCUCUCCUGCGUGGCUCUGAGCUUGACGCUGGUGCAGGUGAUCAUUGCCUCCGAGUGGCUCGUUCUCACGGUGGUCCGGGAGGGCAAGCAGGCCUGCGACUACCAGCCGGUGGACUUCACACUGGCCUGCGGCUACGUCAUGGUCCUCCUGGCCACUUCGCUGGCGCUGAGUCUCUUCUCGCUCUGUGGGAAGUUCCGCAAGUGGAAGCGCAGUGGCGUCUGCUUGAUCCUCGCCUCCUUCUUCUCUGUGGUGCUCUGGGUCGCCUGGGCCGGCUUCUAUCUCUAUGGCAACACAGCCCUGGGCAAGUCUCCUGUGUGGGACGACCCCGGCCUGGCUGUGGCCCUGGUUGCCAACGGCUGGGUGCUGCUGCUGUUCCACGCCAUCCCUGAGGUGCACUGCUCCGUCCUGCCGCCCCCCCCGCCCAGCGCCCCCGACUACUUUGACACCUCCCAGCUCCCCCCGCGCCUACGCGAGACCAGCUUCGACGAUGAGAUCCCACUGCCCCACCGGCCCUACAUGGAGAACAAGGCCUUCUCCUUCGAUGAGCACAGUGCAGCUCUCCGGGCAGGUGGGCAUCGCAAUGGCAACCUAGGCCCCCGCCCAAACGCCCCCUUCCGCAGCAAUGUGUACCAGCCCACCGAGAUGUCUGUGGUGCUCAACGGGGGAGCGAUCCCUUCUGCCCCACCAAAUUACACUGGGCGGAACCUGUGGUGAACACGCCAGAUCCAUGCUGCAUGACAGGGAUUCAUUCCGGGAGCUGUGAAGUGGGCUUCAGCCUUUUGAGGAUGCAAACAGGACUUUAUUUGAGGGCUGGUGUGGAAGUGGAGGGUGGGAAGGCUUAUCUCACUGUAUUGGUGCUGCUGCUGCUGUGCAUGGUAAACAACUUUCAAUAGGCUUACUAGGAAACAGGUGUUAGGUCACACUUUCUAGAGUACGUGCUUGGCAGCUGACAGGUUUUUCUUGGUGGGCCGUGGCCCCUUGGACUUCACUAGCUAACAGGGUUUCCUUUUCUCUUGUACAAACGUAUUUACUUUUACGUUCUUUUUUCCUUCUUCUUUCUACUGUGUUAACAAAAGUGCAUGACUGUUGAUGCCCUUCCCCCCUCCCCCUCCCCCGCCCCUACCUAUAACCUUUACCGUUUUCCACAAGUAUUUUUUAAAAAGGAUAGAGGAUCAGGUGUAUACUACAAAAAUACAGAUUAUUUUAUUGAUAUUAUUAUUAUUUCAAAUAAAUAUUAUUUUAAAUAUGAAAAACUGUUAUCUUUCCUCAGUGGCAAAAAGAUAACUGGGAAAAUAAGAAAUCAAGAAAUAUUAUCUAGCGCUGGGGCAAGAUAUCAAGAUAAUUAUUGGCAGUGUGUGUGUGUGUGUGUGUGUGUGUGUGUGUGUGUGCGUGUGAGAGAGAGAGGGAGGGGAUAGCUAGGGAUAGGCAAUCAUGACCUUGAUUGACCCCAACCUUUGCCAAAAGGGCAUCAUGCAUUUAUAAAGCACCUUCACUAACAAGGCUGUAUCUCAGUUUCAUUCAAGUUAUACAAGUGCAGUCAGGUCUUAAGACUGAAAACAACUGGCUUUAUCUGCGAGUUUGUUUAAAUCAUGGUCUCAAAUCGGUAUAAGGUCCAGUAGUACAGCACAACAUUUCACCAUAAUCUAUUAUGAAUUUGAGGCAAUUUAGUUUUAAAAGCAUAACUAAUAUAAAAGAUAUUGAGAUCUCAUGAACUUGGAGCCAAUAUUUUUAAACCAUUACAUGUAUUUGCAACAGUAAAUUGUUCACAACAUGAUCUUAGCAACUUGCAAUAUUUUUGGGUAGGUUACGAGAGUUAUUAUGAAAUUGUAAAAUUGCAAAAACAUACAAAUGAGAUGUAUGUAAGAUUUAUCAACCUCCAGAGCAGAGAAAUCACUGCUAAAGGGGCCUUAGCAUGUUUCAGUGAUUUCAGCCAGUGUGACAGACUAGACACCUAGUUCCCAUUGUCAGUAAUACCCUCUCCCCACCCAUAUCCAGGUUUACUCUUUAUGUUCACAUUCAUGUAAAGUAUAUAUAUAAAGUAUCACUUUAUCACACAAUCAUCAUUUGUGUGAAAUUGUAAUAAAAUGUUAAUGUAUAUAAGGUUUUAAUAGAUUUUUAUUGCUACCAAAAUACAAAUUUCUGAUAAUAUAGAAAUUGUGCUGGGGCUCUAAGAGACAGCUAAAUAAUUACAGUGCAGUAAAUUGAACUCCAUACUAAAUUCUUGCAGUAAUACACAAUAAAUAGUAUUGGUGAUCUGAGAGCCAGCAAAUACAAUACUGUACAGAGAACCCAGUACUAUCUAUCAAAUACAUGAUUCAUUAUUUAAUAUGGAGACACAUAUUAAAAUAAAACAAGUGUAACUGAUACCAUGAUCAUAACUACUGUAUAAUGUCUAAAGAACUCAGUACUGAAGAUUAGAUACUGACAGUCAGCAAUUUAAAUAUUGCACAGUAUUAGGCCCAGUUGGUUACAACCUAACCUGGACCUCUCUCAGGAUGUCCCGUGCAGGGGUGCAGGGAUGCAGGGAGGGGUGUUUGAGGCUGCUUUGGGUCCUGUAGGGGUGAAGAGAGAUUUAGUUUCUUUUCAGGGCUGACACUGUGAGGACUCGGAGCAUGCCAUUGUUUAACAUGUUUUUUCCUGAUGGAACAGAGCUCUUGUUAUUGUAUGUAGUGAAAGAAAAGAAACUUUCAAUAAAACUCCUUUUUGUAGUUUCA